AUGUCUUCGUCCAAGUUCACCUCGCGCAAGAUCGCUGCUCCUAACACUCUGGAGCACCGCGUCUACAUCGAGAAGGAUGGCGUGCCCGUCUCUCCUUUCCACGACAUUCCCCUCUACGCCAAUGAGCAGCAGACGAUCCUCAACAUGGUCGUUGAGGUCCCUCGCUGGACCAAUGCGAAGAUGGAGAUCUCCAAGGAGGAGACCCUGAACCCCAUCAAGCAGGACACCAAGAAGGGCAAGCUUCGCUUCGUCCGCAACUGCUUCCCCCACAAGGGUUACCUCUGGAACUACGGUGCCUUCCCCCAGACCUGGGAGGACCCCAACGUCGUCCACCCCGAGACCAAGGCCAAGGGCGACAACGAUCCGCUCGAUGUUUGCGAGAUUGGUGAGCUCGUCGGCAAGCCCGGUGAGGUCAAGCAGGUCAAGGUCCUCGGUGUCAUGGCUCUGCUCGACGAGGAGGAGACCGACUGGAAGAUCAUCGUCAUUGACGUGAACGACCCUCUGGCUCCCAAGCUCAACGACAUCGAGGACGUUGAGCGUCACCUGCCCGGUCUCCUCCGUGCCACCAACGAGUGGUUCCGUAUCUACAAGAUUCCCGAUGGCAAGCCCGAGAACCAGUUCGCCUUCUCCGGCGAGUGCAAGAACAAGAAGUACGCCACCGACAUCGUCCGUGAGUGCGCUGAGGCCUGGGAGCGCCUGGUCACCGGCAAGACCCCCAAGGGUGAAAUUUCUCUCACCAACACCACUCUGAGCCACUCUUCCGACCGUAUUGACCCCAGCACUCUCAACCUCCCCAAGGGCGAGAACCAGCUUGCUGCCCCCAUCGACCCCAGCAUCGACAAGUGGUUCUUCAUCUCGGGUGCCCCCACCCAGUAA